GCGCCGGCGACGCCAUUUUCGGCGGCGGAGCGGUGGCGCGAGGCUGCGGAGCGCGGGUCGGGGUGAGGAUGCUGCGGGGCGGCCGCGGAGGCGCUGCUUGCUGCUGAGGCGGCUGGGCUCUGCGCGGCCUAGGCCUGUGACAGCGCGACGAGCGCGGCGCUCCCGAUCGGACGUGACACGUGUGUCUGCAUUUUACUGUGGUGACUGGGAUGAAACACGGAACUAGUCUGACUAAGAAUGUAUGACAACAUGUCCACAAUGGUGUACAUAAAGGAAGAGAAGUUGGAAAAGCUGACGCAGGAUGAAAUCAUUUCUAAGACAAAGCAAGUGAUUCAGGGGCUGGAAGCUCUGAAGAAUGAGCACAAUUCCAUCCUGCAGAGUUUGCUAGAGACACUGAAGUGCUUGAAGAAGGAUGAUGAAAGCAACCUGGUGGAGGAGAAAUCCAGCAUGAUCCGCAAGUCCUUGGAGAUGCUGGAACUUGGCCUGAGUGAGGCGCAGGUGAUGAUGGCCCUGUCCAAUCACCUGAAUGCCGUGGAGUCAGAGAAACAGAAGCUACGUGCUCAGGUUCGUCGCCUGUGCCAGGAGAACCAGUGGCUGCGUGACGAGCUGGCCAACACACAGCAGAAGCUACAGAAGAGUGAGCAGUCUGUGGCUCAGCUGGAGGAAGAGAAGAAACACCUGGAGUUCAUGAACCAGCUGAAGAAGUACGACGAUGACAUCUCUCCCUCGGAGGACAAAGACUCUGAUUCUGCCAAAGAGCCACUGGAUGAUCUCUUCCCGAAUGACGAAGAUGACCCAGGACAAGGAAUCCAGCAGCAACACAGCAGCGCUGCAGCCGCCGCCCAGCAGGGGGGCUAUGAGAUCCCGGCAAGGCUGCGCACACUCCACAACCUGGUGAUCCAGUAUGCUUCACAGGGGCGUUAUGAGGUGGCGGUGCCCCUCUGCAAGCAGGCCCUGGAGGACCUGGAGAAGACUUCGGGCCAUGACCAUCCCGAUGUGGCCACCAUGCUCAACAUCCUGGCCCUGGUGUACAGGGAUCAGAACAAGUACAAAGACGCAGCCAAUCUCCUGAAUGACGCCCUGGCUAUCCGUGAGAAAACCCUGGGCAGAGAUCACCCCGCGGUCGCCGCCACCCUGAACAACCUAGCUGUGCUGUAUGGUAAAAGAGGGAAGUACAAGGAGGCCGAGCCGCUGUGUAAGCGAGCCCUGGAGAUCAGAGAGAAGGUGCUGGGAAAGGAUCAUCCGGAUGUUGCCAAGCAGUUGAAUAACUUGGCCUUACUGUGCCAGAACCAGGGCAAGUAUGAGGAGGUGGAGUAUUACUACCAGAGGGCCCUGGAGAUUUACCAGACAAAGCUAGGACCCGAUGACCCCAACGUGGCCAAGACGAAGAAUAACCUGGCCUCCUGUUAUCUGAAGCAAGGGAAGUUCAAACAAGCAGAAACGCUGUACAAGGAGAUUCUCACCCGGGCACAUGAACGGGAGUUCGGUUCUGUGGACGAUGAAAACAAGCCCAUCUGGAUGCACGCGGAAGAGAGAGAAGAGUGCAAAGGGAAGCAGAAGGACGGGACAUCCUUUGGAGAGUACGGUGGCUGGUACAAAGCCUGCAAAGUGGAUAGCCCGACUGUCACAACAACUCUGAAAAACCUGGGGGCACUGUACCGACGCCAGGGCAAGUUUGAAGCUGCAGAAACGUUGGAAGAAGCUGCCAUGAGGUCCCGGAAGCAGGGUCUUGACACUGUUCACAAACAGAGAGUGGCUGAAGUGCUAAAUGACCCUGAGAACAUGGAGAAGCGGAGGAGCCGGGAGAGUCUCAACGUGGACGUGGUCAAGUACGAGAGUGGCCCUGACGGAGGGGAGGAAGUGAGUAUGAGCGUAGAGUGGAAUGGGGAUGGUACUGGAUCUUUAAGGCGCAGUGGCUCCUUUAGCAAACUCCGGGCUUCCAUUAGACGCAGCAGUGAGAAGCUGGUUAGGAAGCUGAAGGGAGGAAGUGCACGGGACAGUGAGCCAAGGAACCCUGGGGCGUCCCCAGCAGAGGCUCUCUGUGUGGAAAACGACGGCAGCAGCCUAGAAGACGCCAGCUCUAAUUGACCUGAGCCUGGCCUGCUCUCAACACCCCGAUGCUGCUGCUGAGUGUGGCUCCAGAGCUGGCCCUGUGAAGGCCACGGUGGGGCUGGAAGGGCCCGGGGCUGGGAGCGCCCAGCGCUAACGUAGUUCCCCUGCCCACGUGCUGCCAAGCACAUACUAAUAACCACACCACUAGUAGGGUCUUGGAGAGCAACUCUCAGUGAGUGAGGUCCAUGGCCUGGCCCUGUUCCCUCCUGGGAGGCCCCUAGGACAGGACACCUCUGGCUCCUGCUGCUUCCGCCCCCCUGUGGCGGCACUUCUGUGUUUAGUUCUCUGUGAUGUGUGUGAUAAUGUAUUUUUAUUGUACAU